UUUACAGAAACCAAUCAUCAGUCACCGGGAAGCAUGUCGGAUACCAUCGGAGGAUGUUGCAGAUUCGUCUUCACUUUGGGUCUAACAGCACUUUUCAUGUGGCUAAGCCUACGUACUUCGAACCCCAAAUGUUCCAUCGAGAAAUUCUACUUGCCUUCGCUUAACAAAACCUUAAACACCCCAAACGAUACCACCUUAAACCUCACGUUAAAGCUAAGCAACCCCAACAAAGACAAAGGGAUAAAGUACGAUCCGGUGAACGUCACGGUUUUCGAUUAUUCGAACAGAAGUCAUGUCAUAGGCAACGUUCUGGUGCCGGCGUUUUACCAGGGUCACAAAAAGAACGCUAAAAAGGACGGUACGGGGACCGCUAACACGACGGUGGCGUUGCAGGCGGUUGCCGACAACGGAACGGGGGUUUUCCGGGUGGAUUUGUCGACGUCGGUGAAGUUUAAGAUCAUGUUCUGGUAUACAAAGAGGCAUAGGAUAAGGGUAGGAGCAGAUGUGACGGUCAACGCUAGUGGUAUUAAGGUUAACAAGAAAGGGAUCAAGCUCAAGUCUAUGGCACCACCAAGGAUGGGUAGUUUUUGUGUAGUGAUGGGAGCUUUGGCGAAUCUCUUGGCCUUCAGUUUGCUUAAUUUUUGGUGAGUUUUUUUGGGGUGGUUUUUUCCCAGUGUUCUUUAGCAUCUUUUCAGAUCUUGUAUUUGCAGCAG